GUUGUGGUGGUGGUGGGGGGCCCGGGCCGUCUCCGCCGAUCAUGUCACGUACACCCUUGUGAGACUCUAAAUUGUUCAUUUCCCCGAUACCGAGUAAAAAUAAUAAUGCAGGUGAGUCUAUAAUAUGUGGUGCUGAGUUAGAGCCGAGGAAGGAAAGUGUUUAAAGUGUUCCUACGUGGUGGACGAGGCUGUGUGUGGAGUGUUCAGUUAGCAGACAAGUGAAGGUGGUGUGUGGCGCUGACUUGGGUAUUGAGGUGACCAAGCCUGUAGGGGAAUGCUGCUGUGCUCCCCUGCGGCCACCAACACACACUCCUGCACAGCCUUCAGGAGAAAAAAAUGGUAUAGCAGGUAGCUGGCGCCGAGCCGAGAGGGAGGCUGCUCAAGUUGACCUCUGGACCACCCCAAAAAUUCCUCUCAGUUGAGAGUUACGUGAGGUUGAGUCCCCCUCCCUCCCCCUCCUUGACGGAUGAGUCACUGGGUGGACAGCACACCCCCUGAGGACCCACCCUUCCUGACAGUGGGGACAGAGGUGUCUGCCAAGUACAAAGGUGCUUUCUGUGAAGCAAAGGUGCACAAGGUGGUGAAAGUAGUCAAGGUCAAGGUGACAUUUAAGCUUGGCCUUGGGUCAACAGUAGUGUCAGAUGACCUGGUGAAGGGGGUGCUGAAAAUUGGAGCUCAAGUCAAGGCCAGUCACCCUGAGAAGAACCAAUAUGUGGAUGCCAUUGUUAACAAGAUUCAGGAUUGUAGCCAAUACACUGUUGUGUUCGAUGAUGGUGACAUAACAACGCUGAGGCGAACCUCCCUGUGUCUGAAGAGUGGCCGUCACUUUGCUGAGAGCGAAACCCUGGAUCAGCUGCCUCUGACUCACCCGGAGCACUUUGGCACUCCAGUGGGAGGUGCUCGAAGAGGCCGCAGGUCGAGACAGCACCCGGAGGGUGAGGAGUCUGGAGAUGAGGAUGAUGUGCACAAGCGGCAUCGGUCAAGGCGUGAGGAAUGGGAAUCAGACAUAGGAAAGGUUGUGUGUGUGGAACUGGGUGACAAGAAAAAACAGAAGGACAACUGGUUCCCUGGCCUGGUUGUUGCCCCAACUUCCCAGGACUCUGUCAAGAUUGAAACCAAGAAGGACUACCUUGUAAGAUCCUUUCAGGAUGGCAGAUACUACACUGUUCCCAAGAAGGAAGCAUCGCCAUUUAACAGGGAGGUUGGGAGCAAAGUGUCUCAAAGUGCCCUCAAGAUAGCUGUGGAGAAGGCCCUGCUUUUUAUGACUCAUGACGAGCUGCCACCACACUGGGACCGUGACCUGCUCUUUGGCAUGGAUGUGUCUGAUGAUGACAGUGACAGGGAUGGAUCAGAUUCAGAUAGUUCAGAUGAUGAACCAAGAGAAGAGAAGGACCAUUUUGUUGCUCAGCUAUAUAAGUUUAUGGAAGAAUGUGGUGCCCCUAUUAAUAGUGGACCAACUGUGGGCAGCAAGGAUUUAGACCUCUACAAACUUUUUAAGGUUGUGCAAAAACUUGGUGGUUUCAACCGAGUAAUGAACCAGAACCAGUGGAAGGUUGUAUCCAAUAAGAUGCAGCUGCAGUCCCUUGGUUCUCAGGGUCCUAAUCUCAUCAAAGCAGCUUAUAAGAGGUACCUUCAGAGCUUUGAAGAGUUUUACCGUAAGCUGGGCUGCACCAUGGUGAGCAAUCCCAGAGGCUCUCGUACAAGACACCGCUCUGGCCGUAGCCUCAUCCGGGACUGUGACCGCACCCCACGCACUUCCAAGAAAAAGGAGAAUGACAGUUGUGACUCUACUGAGGAAGAGGGAGACAAGAAGGAUGAGGAGGAGACGGCAUCACCAGUAGUUGUAAAGAAAGCAGACAGGAAAAAAGCUGAGAAAGAUGAAACCAAGAAAGCUGAUGAUAAGAAAGAUGUUGAUAAGGAAUCUGAUAAAAAGGACUCUGAAAAGAGAGACACAGAGAAGAAAAAGGAAGAAGGAAAGAGUGGCAGGAAUGUCAAACAUGAAGUGGCAAAGACCUCAGAGGAUGAACCAGCCAUGACCAGGGAGAGGUCCAGGGAGUCAGCAGGGCCACGGGAACGGUCCAGGGAAUCCACAGCAUCUGCCAGGGAACGGUCAAGGGAGUCCACUGCAUCCAGAGAGCGUUCAUCAAGGGAGCAACAGUCAGCAAGCAAGGACCGUACUAGAGAGCAGUCAAGCUCUAGGGACACUGGAUCAGAGCCAACAACGUCCAUGAAGGAGAAGCUUAGGGAACCAAGGACACCACGGUCAGAGGCCAAGACAAGAGCUGCUGUGGCAGCCAGGGGUGAGGGUGGAGAGGUGAAGACACGGUCAAGCAGCAUCAAGGAGGAGAAGGAAGGGCCAGAGGUGAAGACUCGCUCCAGCACCAGGGAAGAGAAGAGGGAGAAAAAGGAGCCAAUGGAGGCAGAUGAUGAAGAAGAAAUAGAAAUGCCACAAACCCGGUCCUCUGCAAAGCACAUGGAAGAAAGCCGUGAGAGGGAUGAUCCACCCCCGUCCAGGAAGACAGGGACCCCCACCAGGAAAGCAAAAGGUGUAGCUGAACGUCCCAGUGCUAACAGUUCAGUCUCCGCUGUAUCUGUAGCUGCCCCAGCAUCCACCACUACUGCCACCAGCUCCACUGUUACCACUACCACUGGGACCAGCAGCAGUGGUAGUAGUGGUGGCAGUAAUACAGCCGGGGGAACAGUAGGCUCCACUGGUGGAAGUUCUACAUCUGCUAUGACUACAGCUGUAUCUUCAUCUUCUUCUUCCUCCUCUUCCUCCUCAUCCUCCACCACCUCUUCCAUGGGUGGCACCACCACCCGCACACCUACCCCCACCCUCACCCCAACCCCAACCCCAGACCAGGAUGAGGAUGAUGAUGAUGAAGAUGACUCAAGUACCAACACCCCCACUGGUCUGGGUGCUUUUGGCAGCCAUGCUGGUGAUAAGAAGGCUAAGAAGAGCAAGAUGGCUAAAGGAGGACCUGGGCCACCUCUAUCCGCAGCAGCAGCAGCAAUUGAGGACUCGGCAGGUGCAAGAAAACGUGGUCGAAAAAAGAAAGUGGAAGGGGAGCUGGAGCCUCCCACAGGGAAGUCCCUCAUUCCUGCCCAUGUGCCAGUGAGUGUGGGUGACAAACUGAAGGUUCUUUAUGGACCCAGUGCCAAGGAGUCCAAGAUCACAUAUGAAGCUAAGGUCUUGGAGGUGGAGGAGGAAGGUAAUGCCCCCAUGUACUACGUUCAUUACCUGGGCUGGAACACAAGGUACGAUGAAUGGAUCAGGCGGCCACGCAUUGCUGAGAACAUCACCUGGUCGCAGAACCGAGCCAAGAAGGGCCGGGCUGCUGCCACCAAGGAACUUAAGGAAAAGAAAGAGAAGGAAAAGGACACAAAGGAUACUAAAAAAGAAGAAAAGGAGUCGCCACAGACUCCAGCAGCAACUGUUGCUUCUCCAAAGACCAUUUCCAGCAAGCGAGGCCGCCCACCUGGGGGGACACGAGAAAGGAGAGAGAGUGACCGCAGUGAAAAAAGUGAUACAAGCUGUACCAGUAAUGUGUCAGGGCCCAGUACUCGGGCUGCUAGGGACCGGAGCCUUUCCCAGCCUGAUAGUCCCUAUUCAGACCAACGAAGAACCAGACAAACUGGGCUUGUAGAAAGUGAUAGUGAAGACUAUGAAUCUGAUGCAGACACAAGCUCAGAAAAGUCUCGUACCCGUUCCUGCUCAGACCGACGCAAUACUGCAUCACUCACAUCCUCCUCUGUGUCUUCCACUGUGACCUCAGAGCCUUCCACCAUCAGCACAACUACCACUGCCACCCCUACUGUUAUCACUACCACCACUGCUAAAACUGCCACUUCCACCACAGCUUCCACUGCCAGUGACAAGCUUCCUCGGGAUACCCAGAUAAAGUUUGAGGCACCCGAGGUUAAGGAGGAGGAGGAGGAGCACAAACCAUGUGGGAAAGAUAUUGACCUGAAUGCUAUCAUCUCAGAAAUGAAAGGUCUCGACAAACCACUGAAAAAGGAAGAAGAUCGUAGCUUAAAGGAAACUGCUCCAAGAUUGAUAUCCCCUGUGACGCCUACGACAACCUUUGUGCCACCAGAGAAGAAGUUAGGCACAUCCCCCAUUAAGCCAUGCACAACAGACAGUCUUCCAAAGAAAAUGACAGAGUCCCCAGCCAAACCUGUGACCCAGGACUCCACCAAACUGUUGUCACCCAAACUGGAGAGCCUAGAAGAUGAUGUUUAUGAGUUUAAGGAGCCAGAACCUUUUGAUAUUGGUGAGAUGCGGGCACGGAAGGAUGUGAGGAUCAAACCCAGCAUAGGAACAGUGUCUUCUGAGGAUAGUGACCCUGAAGGCAAGAUGAAGAAGAAAGGAAGACCAAGGAAGGACAUGAAGGAUGGAGAUAGUGACAAGACAGAAUCAGAUAGUGACAGUUCCAGUUCCCAGAGUCCACAGAAACGACUCAUUCUACCACGGGAGGUCAGAGAAUCACCAGCAAAGCGACUUGUUGCAGAGGGAAGCAAAGAAGCUGCCAUCCCACUUCUUCCAGAAACAAUUACAAAUCCAGAGAAGAAGGAUGCUAUUACUAUUGCCACUAUCAUGUCUCCACCCCGGAAAGUCUUACUGAAGAGAGAUGUUCCUAUCAAAGUGGAAGCAGUGGUCCCACCCAUAACAGAAACCAAAAUCAAGUCAGAGAUUCCUAAAUGCCCAUCUCCCAAAGGAACCUCAAUUGAAGCAGCUCCAAAAAUUCCUCUGUCCUUAAAAGAACCAGUUAGGCUGCAUGUGAUUCCAGUAAAGGCAAAGUCUGUUGGAGGAAUAGAUCGACCAGUGGGGGCCAUUUCCAAACCUCUUGGUCCACCCUCACACCUUCUCACUCAGGCUGUAAUACCUGUUAUAGAAUCGAAAGCCAUGGCAAAGCCUGUACCCAAGCAGUUUGAAGUCAAGAGUGACAAAGCAUCGCUUCAGAUCAAAAGUGAAGACAAACUUGAAGCUAAGGUAAUACCCUUCUCACAAAGGCAACAACAUAUAUUCCCACACCUUCUAAACCGACCAGAACCUUCAGAGAAGCUGAAGGAGGUGCAGCAAAGAAUUACAUCUCCUUGUAUUCACUCUCCUCCCAGAGAAGGUGUUACAUCCACUACCUCCACUUGCACCUCUACUUCUACCUCCACCUCUACCUCUACAUCCACCUCCACCUCCACCUCUACCUCUGCCUCUGCUUCUACCUCUAGUUCCAUCUCAGCCUCCAUAUCCACUUCCACUUCCACUUCUACAUCAGAAUCUGUAGGGCAUAGUGGUUCAGAAACUGAGAGGUCCAAGAGGGAAAGUUCAGUGGAGGAAAGCAUUGAGGCUGUGGUGAAAAGAGCACGGCAAGACCAACAGCAGCAGCAGCAACAACAAUCAGGGGAAGAAGGAAACAGAAGUUCAGAUAAGAAACGGAGAUCAAAGAAGGUGUUAAGCAGAGAGUUUGUUCCAGACACUUCCGAAGAGUCAGACUCUGACAGUCGCCUGUCAAGACCUGACUCAGAUGGGAGAGUGAGGAAAGUUAAGGUGAUCUCAGAGGGAGGGGAGAAAGGACCAAUCCUCAGCAGGGGACAGAAGCCCAUGGCAGACACAGGAAAAAAGAGUGGAAGAAGAAAAGCAGGUGAUACUACCACAGAGGAGGAGGAUGGCAUUGAGGAUGAAGAUGAGGAUGAUGAUGAUGAAGAUGAUGAUGAUGAUGAGGAUGAUGAGGAUGAUGAGGAUGAUGAUGGGGACGAAGAGGAUGUUGCUCGUGAAGAAUUAGGUCAUUCAACAACCUUGGCAAAGGGCAAGAUGAUUAAUAAGAGACCAGAUACAAUGGGCAGUCAGGAUGAUAAUACAGAUGAGGACCUUAGGCACCACCGUAAGAGGCCAAGAGCUUCAGCCUCAGCCACACCCAAUCGACCAGAAGAGGAAGUAGAAACUGGGCUAGGGGAUCUCUUGUGUGAGGAGACCAUCCCCCCAGGUAGCCCUGUAACACAUGAUGGCUCCUGUGCAGAGCCCAGCCCACAGCAGCACCCUGAUGUGAAAAAUGAGAUGCCUUUUGCUAGUGUCCCUACUGGCAGUAGCUUUGGGAAGAGAGGGCCUAUCCCAGUUGCAGGACAAAUUGCUGCAGCAACAGCCUGUUCCUCCUCCUCUUCUGUGCCCUCUGUGGUUCACCAAACCACAACAUUGUCCUCUUCCAACUCCUCCCAGUCCAUUCCACCACUCAUCUUACCUCCACAACCCCUCACCAGCCACCACCAACAGCCUCACCAGCCACAGUUGAAGCCACCUCAGCAGCAACAGCAAACUAAGCACCAGCCAUUGCUCAUCCCUCAAGUACACCAGUCCUGUCAGCAGAAGAUUCAGCAUCAGCAUCACCAAAAGUCACAACCACAGCAACAAAUGCAGCAUCAACAACCACAACACCAAGUACAGCACCAACCUGCACCCAAGGUACAGCAGGGUCAACUUCAGCAUCUUCCCGUACACUCUCAGAAGCAGCAGCAGCAGCAACAGCAGACAACCCCUCUGAACCAGAAGCACUCCCCUCAUGCCCCAUCCACCAUGGGUGGCCAACUGCCUGGCCCACCAUUGCACACACAGCCAGCCAGCAGUGUGCCAGCUCACCAGCACAAGCAUGGUGCAUCAGGAGGGUUGCAGCAGCAGCACCAAAGCUCAACAGUACAGCAUUCACAAUCUCAACAUAAUCCUCCUGUUCAUCAGCAUUUGAAGGUGCCACAGCAGCAGCAGCAACAGCAACAACAGCAACAGCCAUCAACACAACAGUAUCAUCAUCAUCAACAACAACAGCCACCACCACCACCAGCAUCAUUGCCACAUCAACAGCAACAGCAGAUACAAAAGUCCCAACAGCAGCCACACCAUCACCAUCACCAUCAUCACCAUCACCACUCUCAGCAUCAUCACCAUCAGCCACAACAACAACAGCAACAACACCAACAACAACAACAGCAGCAGCAGCAGCAGCAGCAGCAGCAGCAGCAGCAGCAACAACAACAACAACAACAACAACAACAACAACAACAACAACAGCAGCAGCAGCAGCAACAGCAACAGCAGCAGCAGCAACACCAGCAACAGCAGCAGCAGCAACACCAGCAACACCAGCAACAACAACAGCAACAACAACAACACCAUCACCACCACCACAUGAAUCAACCUCAGGCACAACUCAAGGUACAUCACCCUCACCACCACCAACACCACCACCAGCAACACCAUCAACAACAGCAGCAUCUACAACAGCACCACCAGCAGCCACAGCAGCAUCAUCACCAGCAGCAACCACCACCACCUCCCCCACAACAGCAGCAGCAGUCGCAGCCAUCAUCACAACAACAGCAGCGGUACUCCCCCUCCCCCACUGCACAGCGUCAUACUCCAGAGGGCGAUCAGUAUUUCCCUCAGGAGCAACAGUAUCAACGUCUCACAUCCAGACCUGGGGGAGUCAUGUCCAGCAGUCUUGGUGGUCCUGGUCUUCCUCUUGGGACUGCCCAACCCUCAGCAAGGAUUCCUGGCCAGGGAGUUACCUCAGGGGGAGCCUCCACUUCAGGGGGUGCUGCAGGAAGGGAGUCUGGUGGUGCUCAGAACACUCUUAUAGACAACACUCCUCCUACCACCCCAGAGAGUAUAAUUUCCAACCUCUCAGACUCUCCUAGAGGGGACAACGAAGUUGCCAAAAUUGAUGACUCCAGUAAAUCAGGAAGAGAUUCUUCAGAAGUUGAGCUUGAGAGUUUAGGAGACAACACCAAGAUUGAUCAAUUUUCUGAAGACUCGAACACAAUGGACAGCCCCUUAGGCACUGAGCCACGGCGGCGAGGUCCCCUAGUGAGUGCUGUGAAGCGGCAGCAUGAGGCAACAAUGGGUCAGGAAGGGCUUGGUGAUUGUGAGGGCUCAGAAACAGAAGAAGGAAACAUGACACCCGCCACACCAAAGAGGCGGAGGCGAGGACCCAGGGCAAGGGCAAGCAAUGAUCCAGAUGAUGAUGAUUCCUCCAGGAAGGGGAUGGGUCAGGGCACCUGCUCAGGACGGCGGCGGCGGCGGCAUUCUUCAUCACGUGGAGGCCUACAAGUUGAUGAUGAUACUGAGACAAGUGGGGUUGUCAGCAUUAUCCCUGGCCUGCAGUGCUGCCAGGCGCUCCAGAUAUAACUUCUGCCAAGAACUGGACCCAGACCUAGAUGCCACCAAGAGGAUAGCAGGUGUUGCAGUCCAGGAUCCAAGAGUUGAAAAGAACCUACAUGCAAGUCAAGACUGAGCUGGCCUCUGUUGAGCGCAGGCGGAAGAAACUACGUAGAAAAAGAACGUGAAAAGGACACAAAGCCAGAGCCCACGUAACACGAGGUGAGGGGACAGGUCUGCCCCAGUCAUCUGUGAUCUACUGUGCUCAGUGGCGUUGGUAAGAAAUGAGAAGAGUGUAAGGAAGGAUCUCAGUAGUUUCCUGUAAGACAUUGGUUGGUAAUGUAUUUAUUAGCCUCUAAGGUGACAUUUUAAACUCGGGUUUUAAGAGUCAUUGUGAGUUUUUAAUGUUAGAACAGUUGACUCAAUACAUUUUAUGUGAGUUGAACUUGCAGAGCAACUGUGUCUUCGGGAGAAAACUAUCAGGCCAUAAGGAGUGCCUUGGUACAUGUUAUGGGUUCUUGUAGGCUGGGGAGUAGGGAGGGUAAGCUUUAAUGCCCAAGUGUGCUGUGGGCGUUGUCAUGUUCGGUGAUCUGUAACCUCAGAUGGCAGAGAGAAAUAUUCAGAGUUGUUGUACAGUCCUUGUAUUACUUUGUAAAUAGACAUGCACUCAAGUGAUAUUUGCAGUACUUUUUUAUUGUUAUUUUUUAUAGUGUAAGUACUACCAGUUCAUUUUGGUGUUGUAAGAUUAACUUUAAAAAGUUAAUGCCUUUGUAAGAAUAUGUACAUAGUGAGUAAGGUACAUAAGGAUGAAAGGACUGAGUGAGAAAAUUAUCUAUUUCACCAGAAAGUAUUUAUGAAAAUUUGUAAUAUUUUUUAUACAGAAUUUUUUUACUGUAUCUUCCUUAUUCAUAAAGUAGGAAAGAUGUUUCCUGUGAAGUACAACUUGUGCACGCGUGGGUCCUUGCAUGAGCCAAGUCAAGUCUCGCAUUUUGAUUUUUAACUGUUAAAUACAAAUACAUCAGAUAUAUAUUUAUCAGCUGUAAUUUGACUAGUUGAUUGCCAGACCACAUUUCAGAAAAUUAACUUCUAAUGAAAAAUUUUAUAGUCCAAUUGAUUCCCACCCUCCAUUACCCUCAUAGAACAGUAAUCAUAUUUGACUAGAAGGAACAGUGUUGAGCAUCAACCAAUCAGAAUACAGCUUUAUGAUUGCCAAUGUUACCUGAUGCCCGAGGAUUGGAUGGGAGGGAAGGAGUAUGAAACAGAGGAGGAGUUGGACCUCCUGUUCCACUGGGCAAGAGCCAGGCAGGUGUAUUCUUAAACCACUCGAGUGACAUAGCUUUAGGGUUACCACUACAGAGUAAUUGACUUGAUAUACUUAAGGCAUAGAUAGGAACAUUGCUUCAUUAAACUUACUACUACUAUGGUACUGCUAUUACCACUACUUCUACUACUAGUGCUUCAUUAAACUUACUACUACUAUGGUACUGCUAUUGCCACUACUUCUACUUCUACUACUACUACUACUACUACUACUACUACUACUACUACUACUACUACUACUAUAACUACUAUUAUUACUACUGUGUCUUAUCUGUAAGCAUUGCCAGUGCUUCUCUCUUUUUUAUACAUAUAUGCAUAAAACUUUCAAAGACUCAUCAUGUGCCCAUCAAGAAGGUUCAUUGGCUAUUGGCUCAGUGUGUAGCUUUGCCUUCUUGUGCUCAAGUGGUGCUUUCAGAGUCCAGCCACUGUCAUAUAGAUCUGAAUACUGCAUUUUUUUUAAUGUCAUCUAGGCCCAGUGGCUGCAUUUGUUUGUUCAUCUGUCUGUCUUUAUCUGUCUGUCAGUCUGUCUUUCUAUCUUGUCUGUUUGUUCUGUCAGUUGUGUAAGUAUCCCAGAUGACUAACUACCUAGGAAUAAUAAUGAAUACUACAGUCACUCUUGUUCUGUUAUGUGAAGUGUUUGUUAAAUAUUGUAAUUAUGGAUUUUGAUAGUUUACCACAUACAAGUGUGUGCCUACACACACACACACACACACACACACACACACACACACACACACACACACACACACACACACACACACACACACACACACACACACACACACACAUGGUUAUUCCUGUAAUUCAAGUUGAGGCUCACACUAUUGCUUUAAAUAGCUCAAGAUAGUUUCCAGAACAACAGACCUUUGAGUUUUGGCUGAAGAGGCAAAGUGCUCAUGUGUUCAGAUGUGAAUUAAUGGUAGACAAUAUCCUCCACACCAACCAGCCAGCCAACCCAGCAGCAAGCCAAUGUUAUGAAGACGGAAGCACGCAAGGCAGCUUAAGAGGGUGACAGACACAUGUUAAUUGCUGUACAGCCUUAAUUUGUUACACAAGAAUCCUUAAAUACAUGUUUUAUGUUCAAAUGAAA